AUGGAGGAAAUUCCAUUGAAACAGCUCGAAGAAAAAUUCAAGUAUCUAAAACCGGGUGGUCACUACAUUCCAAAUGGAUGCAAGCCUCUGAAUCGGGUUGCGAUUAUCAUCCCGUUCCGUGAUAGGGAAUCUAACCUACAUAUCCUUCUAAAUAAUAUGCACCCAUUUCUUACUAAGCAAAUGUUGGAUUACUUGAUUAUAGUUGUCGAGCAGGUAACAAACCAAACGUUCAACAGGGCUAAGCUACUCAAUGUUGGAUAUGUGGAGGCCAAUAAAAUGUACGAUUGGCAGUGUUAUAUAUUCCAUGACGUAGACCUUCUACCAGAAGACGACCGUAAUUUGCACGUUUGUCCCGACGAAAAUCCUCAACACAUGGCCGUAGCAGUGAAUAAAUUCAAUUACAAGCUCUAUUAUGACGAAAUGUUCGGUACGAGUACCGCCUUUACGAAGGAUCAAUUUAAUAAAACAAAUGGAUUUUCGAAUCGCUAUUGGGGAUGGGGUGGUGAAGACGAUGACAUGUACUACAGGUAUGGGUGA